AUGGCAACACUUACAAAGGUCCUCUUGGAGUGUUUGGAGGAUUUAAAAUCUGAGGAGUUCAAAACAUUCAAGUGGCACCUGUGUCAGCAGAAGGUCCUGGAACCCUUUAAAGCAAUCCCAAAGAGUGAACUGGAGAAUGCAGACAUAACAGACACAGUGGAUCAAAUGGUGAACAGCUACUGUGCAAACACUAUAGAAGUGACCAAAAUUAUUUUCGGGAUGAUGCAUCAAAAUGAUCUUGUGAAACGUUUGUCAUCAUUACCCAACUCUGAAACUACAGAGAUUCUUGUUGAGUACCAGAUCAAAUUCAAGUCUAAUCUGAAGACGAGGUUCGAGUGUCUGUUUGAGGGGAUUGCAAAAGCAGGAGAAUCAGCCAUUCUCAAUGAGAUCUACACAGAUGUCUACAUCACAGCAGGAGGGACUGCAGGGGUCAAUGACGAACAUGAAGUCAGACAGAUUGAAACAGCAUCCAGAAAAUCAGACAGAACAGAAAGAACAAUCAGACAAGAAGACAUCUUUAAAGCCCCAUCUGGAGAAGACAAAAAAAUCAGAACAGUGAUGACGAGGGGAGUGGCUGGCAUUGGGAAAACAGUCUUGACACAAAAGUUCACUCUGGACUGGGCAGAAAACAAAGAAAACCAGGACAUACAGUUCACAUUCCCAUUCACCUUCCGAGAGCUGAAUGUGCUGAAAGACAAAAAGUUCAGCUUGGUGGGACUUGUUCAUCACUUCUUUACUGAAAUCAAAGAAGCAGGGAUCUGCAGGUUUGAAAAGUUCCAGGUUGUGUUUAUCCUUGACGGUCUGGAUGAGUGUCGACUGCCUCUGGACUUCCGCAACAAUGAGAUCCUGACUGAUAUUACAGAGUCCACCUCAUUGGAUGUGCUGCUGACAAACCUUAUCAGGGGGAAACUGCUUCCCACUGCUCGUCUCUGGAUAACCACCCGACCUGCAGCAGCCAAUCAGAUCCCUCCUGAUUGUGUCAGCGUGGUGACGGAGGUCAGAGGAUUCACUGACCCACAAAAGGAAGAGUACUUCAGGAAGAGAAUCAAAGAUGAGGAGCAGGCCAAAACAAUCAUCUCCCACAUCAAGACAUCUCGAAGCCUCCACAUCAUGUGCCACAUCCCAGUCUUCUGCUUGAUCACCGCUAAAGUUCUGGAGGCAGUGUUAAAAAGCAACAAGAGAGAAGCACUGCCCAGAACCCUGACUCAGAUGUACAUCCACUUCCUGGUGGUUCAGUCCAAGCUGAAGAAUGUCAAGUAUGAUGGAGGGGAUGAGACAGAUCAGCCCUGGAAUCCAGAGAGCAGGAAGAUGAUUGAGUCUCUGGGAAAACUGGCUUUUGAGCAGCUGCAGAAAGGCAACCUGAUCUUCUAUGAAUCAGACCUUAAAGAGUGUGGCAUCAAUAUCAAAGUGGCCUCAUUGUACUCAGGAGUGUUCACACAGGUCUUUAGAGAGGAGAGUGGGCUGUACCAGGACAAGGUGUUCUGCUUCGUCCAUCUGAGCCUUCAGGAGUUUUUGGCUGCUCUUCAUGUCCAUCUGACAUUCAUCAAGUCUGGAGUCAAUCUGCUGAAAACUUCCUGGUGGCCUGACAUGUUCCAAGACAAAUCAACAAGUCUUUACCAGAGUGCUGUGGACAAAGCCUUAGAAAGUAAAAAUGGACACCUGGACUUGUUCCUCCGCUUCCUCCUGGGUCUUUCACUGCAGACCAAUCAGACUCUCCUACGAGGCCUGAUAACACAGACAGGAAGUAGCUCACAGACCAAUCAGGAAACAAUCAAGUACAUCAAGAAGAGGAUCAGUGAUAAUCUGUCUGCAGAGAAAAGCAUCAAUCUCUUCCACUGUCUGAGUGAACUGAAUGAUCGUUCUCUUGUGAAUGAGAUUCAAUGGGCCCUGAAAUCAGGAAGUCUCUCCCCAGACAAACUGUCUCCUGCUCAGUGGUCAGCUCUUGCCUUCAUCUUACUCUCCUCGGAAAAAGAUCUGGAUGUGUUUGACCUGAAGAAAUACUCUAGUUCAGAAGACGCUCUUCUGAGACUGCUGCCAGUGGUCAAAGCUUCAAAUAAAGCUCAGCUGAGUGUCUGUAACCUCUCGGAGAGAAGCUGUGAAGCUCUGUCCUCAGUUCUCAGCUCCCAGUCCUCCAGUCUGAAAGAGCUGGACCUGAGUAACAACAACCUGCAGGAUUCAGGAGUGAAGCAUCUGUUUGUUGGACUGGAGAGUCCACACUGCACACUGGAAACUCUCAAUCUGUCAGGUUGUCUGAUCACAGAAGAAGGCUGUGCUUCUCUGGCCUCAGCUCUGGGUUCCAAUCCCUCCCAUCUGAGAGAGCUGGACCUCCGCUACAAUCAUCCAGGAGACUCAGGGGAGAAGCUACUGUCUGCUGGACUGGUGGAUACAAACUGGAAAUUGGAGACUCUCAGGAUGGACAAUGGUGGAGAGCACAUGUUAAAACCUGGACUAAAGAAGUAUGUCUGUGAACUCACUCUGGACAUAAACACAGCACACAGAAAACUCAAACUGACUGACAACAGGAAGACAACACGUGUGAAAGAGUAUCAGUCAUAUCCUGAUCAUCCAGACAGAUUUGAAUUCUGUCCUCAGCUACUGUGUGCAGAUGGUCUGACUGGUCGCUGUUACUGGGAGGUAGAGUGGAGUGGAGAAGUUUAUGUAUCAGUGGCUUAUAGAGGAAUCGGAAGGAAAGGAGACAGUAAAGACUGCAAGUUUGGAUGUAAUGAUCAGUCCUGGAGUCUGAAGUGCUCUAGAGUUCAUGGUUACUCUGUCCGGCACAAUGACAGGGAGACAUCCUCCUCCUCUUCCUCCUCCUCCUCCUCCUCCUCCUCCUCCUCCUCCUCCUCUGUCUCCAACAGAGUAGCAGUGUAUGUGGACUAUCUUGGUGGUACUCUGUCCUUCUACAGAGUCUCCUUUGAUACACUGAUUCAUCUCCACACCUUCAACACCACAUUCACUCAACCUCUGUAUCCUGGGUUUGCAGUAUCUCCUGAUUCUUCAGUGACUCUAUGUCCUCUGUCUGAAAGAGAGUCCACUCCUGUGUAG